AUGUAUUUGGGCAACCGCGCCAUGGGGGACAAGUGCGGGCCCUUCCCGGCGGUGGGCACGCCGGGCGAGCGCUCCAAGUGGGACCUGCCGCCCGCCAGCGUGCCCAUGGACCGCGUGCGUUCCCCCCACCCUCGCUUCGGGGGCUAUCCAGAUGUCCCAGCCGCCCUUGCACGCAGCAUCACGCCCUCAUCUGCAGCGGGGGGCGGCGACUGGGUACGAGAGCGCAUGGCUCACCUCCGCGUGGCCAACUCCCACUCGCCUGGCAACCUGACGCCGAGGAGCACGGUGUCCGUUGCAUCUGGGGCGCCGCCACCGCAGCAGGUGGAGAUGGUCAAGGCGAUGGUGGGGAGUGUGGAGGAGAACGAGGCGUCCAUUCAGCGCAUCAGGAAGGAGUGCAUGAGGGCCAUGGACACCCUCCUGGACCGCACCGAAAAGGAGAAGACCCUCAAGAAUUUCCUUGACCAGUGCAGCACAUCCACGAAGACUAUGUGGUCCCGAAAUCAGAUGCUCAUGCAGUCCAAUGCCAAGAUUCGCCAGCAGCUGAAGGAGCUGAUGGGCAAGGCCUCGUCCAUGUCAGGGAGCAGCGUUUGCAGGUGA